UGGGAGACGGGAACGGGAGAAUGGCUUAUUACACGACAAACCUGUUCGAUUGUUGAUAUUUUUGUUCCAAAUGUCAAUGUAAGUUAGUGGUUGAUGCUAUCUUCUGUUUCGGGCUUUCGGUUAGUUUUUUUCAUCGACGCUUCGAUUUGAAAGAUCGUCGAUUGGUAGCCACUACUAUAUUCGUGUUUAAUAAUAUGAGCUCAUCAAUAUCCAUAAGCAAUGCUGGACCACCGGCCACUGCUACUGGUAUGGAGACAGUGGUCGCAGUUGCGUUGGGUGCAUUAGCUGCGGUCUUUCUUGGUGCACUCUUGGUACUCUUGGUUAUCUGUCGCAGGCAGCGUUGCUACUAUAAUCAAAAGGACUCUGCGGAGUUAAGUUCCGAUCUACUUGAAGGAGAGAACAUCACCGGCUUGGGACUAGAUGUAUGGGAGAGCGAAGAAUGGCUGGCAGGUGCUGAAAGAUGGAUAGACGAUGCCACUGGCUUGGCUCCACCUUGUAUAGCGGUGCUUCGAUCUUGCCAUACUCUUGCAGCCAGUCUUACCACUAUUGCUGGAACUGUCAAUAGUAACACUGUCCCACUAGAAAUAGUAGAUGUUGCUCGACGUAUACCGCCUCGUGUAGACGAUGUUGUCCGCAGUCUGUAUCCACCAUUGGAUGCCAGACUGCUAGAGGCCAGAGUGGCAGCUUUAGUACUGGCUGUGACUCACUUGGCAUUAGUAACCAAGCAUGGUGUGCCAAAGAGUCAAGUCAGGAAAUUGGCCUUCAUCGAUCAAGCCUUAAAUGACAUGGAUACGCAUUUGUUGGUCUUGAGAAAUGCUGCAUUAGCUCAAGAAGUUGCCUGCUCUAUCCCAGCCUCUACACCAGUUUGAGCAUAUAUCUGUUUCAUAAUGGAAUCAAAUCUCUUUUUCGCACAGUUGGUACUUUCCAGUUAUCUAACUUUUUCUUUGAUGUCUAUUUUUAUUUUCUCAUGGUGGCUUUGGGUUAAUUGCCGUCGUCACGCGGUCACAACAAAAGUUAUAUACAUAAUGUAAUAAAUACAAUUGCCAGAUUUACAAAUGUAGUGUAUAAAAAAAGGAUUAUAUAUAGGAACGUUUCGGGCGGACAAAUACAUAAAUAUAGAUCAUCGCUGAUCUCAAAGUAUAAAACUGAAAUGAAUAGAAGAUUAUAUUUACUGAAAAUUCA